GCUGCAUUUAGUUGCUUAUGAUUUUUUAAUCCGGUGGCUGAAAUUUGUAAUGGUUUUGUUUGCGUUUGAGAAAUGAUCGGGUGAUAUAGGAUACAUGUGUAAUUUCCUGACGAUUGCGAGCUUCUGUUCCUGUGGUGUUUUUGUAGUGUUUCAUCUGUUGUGUCAUGGAGAUUGAAGGUACCGAUGUUUGCAUGGACAAAGAGCCAGAUCGUGUAAUAACGUAUUCCUCUGGAGUCUCUCAUGAUUCAUCUCAUGAAGAUAGCCUCAAUCAUCAAGAUGUCAUGGAGUCAUUUGGCGAAAUAAAUGGGGAUCAUGAUACCAACAAUUCAGAGGAGGGCAGCGAAGCAAAGGAAUAUGAAGUGAAGGAAUGCACAAAUGAAAAACCAAUCGAGAUUGCUGAACUGCCCCAUUCAGCGAAACCUGACCAGCAGCAAAAUGUGGUCAGCUUGAAUAAAGAGAAAGAGACAGUGGAGAAUAAGGUGGUAGAAGAAGGAAAAGAUGAUGACAAAUCUCAGUUAACUGUGAACACAUUGAAACCUUCUGCUGGAAAUUCACGUACAAGACACACUGUUCCGCAGCCAUUUGCCUUAGCAACAGAAAGGCGUGCUUCAUCUGGUACUCGACCUCCCAAUGCUAUCACCACCGAAAAAUCUACCAAAAGCAUUGUUCGCCCUGCAAAUACCAAAUCAAAUCAGCCUGCAUCACCGAGGGUGCUGAGGAAGCCACUGCAACCUAAUAACAAGAAGCAUGCUGAUGAAGAAGACUCCUGCUCGGUGGUUUCCAUUGCAGUAUCAUCACGGGCUAUUAAGAGCAAAGUUACUGUUGCAUCAGCUCCUACAUUUAGAUGUACAGAGCGUGCAGAGAAAAGAAAGGAGUUUAACUCGAAAUUGGAGGAAAAACACCAAGCUCUGGUGGCUGAGAAGACUGAGUGUGAGACAAGGUCUAAGGAAGAGACUGAGGCUGCUAUCAAACAACUAAGAAAGAGCUUAUUAUUCAAAGCAAAUCCAAUGCCAAGCUUCUACCACGAUGGGCCUCCUCCCAAGGUUGAGCUGAAAAAGCUCCCACCAACUCGUGCAAAAUCGCCUAAACUUGGCCGACGUAAGAGUUGCAAUGAUGCAGUUCAUUCGUUCUACGGAGACAAGAUAAAAGUCACUUGUGGCAAGGGAAAUGGUCGUCGUUCAGAUAGUUACAAUGUCAAUGAGAAUCGAGGUGACGUCAUUCGCUUCGUAAAAAACGAGCUGAAACAAGGGGAGGAUCUUUUCGUGAGGUGAUUCCUAUAGAUAUAAAUGGUCCGAAGAACAUGAAUAUUUCUGUCCAGUCUUGAGUUUGCGACGAACUUCCAAGUCUCCUCUGCUACGUCCAGCAUUUCCAAGAGUUCGUUGCGUUGGUUUGUGUAAUUUAUGAAAUGUAAAUUUCUGUAAUUUAUAUCCUUUGUUUAUGCUGAUGCAUUUUACUUCCAGGUAAAAUAUUUAUCUUAUAGGGCCACCCCUGGAAGAAAAAAAGGAAAACAGAGAGAAAGAGAUCUACUAAGAUGUUGUUUGAGCUAUCGUUUCCUUUGUAACUUCCUUUUGUACUUAAAUUAUACGAUGACCAUUCUUGUUUCAUAGAAUCCAAUUUGAAAAUAAAAGUGGAUAUCGUUCCCUUGUUUAUGAAUCUA